AUGGAAUCCUCCACGGGGCCCAGGAUGCCUUUGCUCAAAUACUGCAGCGUGGCCACAAGCCUGAAGGCCCCUGGCUGGGACGGUGCUGCUCCACUGUGGGACCUUUCCUUCACCUAGCCCUUUGCCCUCCAAGCACCCUGGCUCACCGGGCACAAGCCCCUCGCAAGGCACACCUCUUCUUGCCCGUGUCUCCACAUUGCCGACCCAGCAUGGCAAGGGCCUGGCUGGCUGGGAAGAGCUGGAGAUGCUGCCAACACAUGGGUCCUGGCAAGAAGGGAAGCAGAUGGCUUUUACUACUGGGCUUAAAUAAAGGCUGCUCCUGAGCUGGAGAGACAGGGGGUCCUGCUUGUGGAAUUUGAGGCUCCUCUUGUCACAGGCCCAAAGCUGCCAGCCCAGCAGCAGAGAGUGGUCUUAGAAGAGGAUGUCAUUCCUCUCUCACCAUCUGUAGGAUACUCACUGAGACCAGGGGACAAGGUGCUGGCACUUUGGCAGCCAGGACAACAGUAGUAUGGUCCUGGCACUGUUCUUUUGGGCUUGGAGAUGAGAGAUCCCCGGAGAGCAUCAAAGGAAGAAGAAAUCACUGUUCAUUUCUGGAAUGGCAAAGCCGCUAAAGUGCCCCUAGGUGGGGUCCAGUCAGUGUCCCUGGCCAUCUGGAAGAAGGCUGUGGAGAGGCUGCACAAGUCUUUCAUCAGGGAGCACCCCAGGCCCCUUCACUUCCCAUGCUGCUCUCUGCUGGGGCCAAUCACUGGGCACAUCACUAACGAGCUUCCUUCGGGCACUCCAUUCCUGUGUCCUCUCUGCCACCCUCAUGCCUGCUGCCAGCUGCUGUGCCAGGGCUGCCUCUGUGGCUGCCCCCCAUGUGGCACCACUUGGUGGCCUCUAACCAGGACCUCAGAAGUCACAGCCAGAGAACUUCCAGAGUUGGAGCCCCCAGCACAGCUUUUGCCCCUGGAAGGUCCUAAAGAGGAAAAAGUAGCAAUGCACGCUCCCCUGGCUGUUUCCUCCUCCUCCUCCUCCUGUGAACAAGACGAUGUGGAGAAUGAUCUGGAGAUGGGCCCUCCCCAGAGACUGAUGGUAAACAGUGCAGUCAACACAGAUCCCAUCCUUCUUGAGACUCCUUUGAGGCAGAGUGGCCUCUGCCAGCCUGAGUGGAGGUAUUGGAGGAGAAACGGGCCUGAGCCACGCCCUGGGAAGCCAGGAACAAGAAAUUCCAACACCUGGAAAGAAGAAAAGGAUCACAAACAGCAGAGAGCACAAACUGUAGUACUGGGGACUACCACGGAGCUGGUCUUGAAGGCAACCAACACGAAGCCACCGCAGACCCCGCCAGGGGAAGCUGAACACAGAAAGCAGAGUCAGAGCCUUGCAAUAGGUCCAUGGAUCAAGAAUUCCCCUUACACUAAGAGCCCUGAGAAUCUAGGUAAAGCAGAAUGGCUGGAAAGGGGCUUCCUAAGGACUUCUCACAUGGGUCUUAGACUUUUUGGGUCACAUCCGCUUUGAGAACAGUAAAACCUAUGACCCCUUGUCCCAGAAAAAUGUACAUACCCUCAAUUUUGCAUGUAAUUUCAGAAUGCUUAUGGAACCUAUGAAUUUAAUCACAGGCUUCUUGGGGGUGCAAGGAUCCCCAUUUAAAUGACCCUCUGUUCUAUGGUAUUGGGUAGGGGUCUGCUUUAUUAGGCCCUCUGAAUAUGGAGUCUAUUCCUCACUAACAAUGGUAAUAUAGCUCUACUUAAAACUUCAUUUCCAUCAUAUAAAAUACUGGCACCUUUCCCAAGGAAAGGUGGAAAGGUUUGUGUUCAAAACGAGAGAACCAGGCAAUGAAACUGGGAGAUGUCACAGUACUGCUGUGGCAGCUUCAAGACGUUUGGGACACAGCAAUGAUUUUUUUUUGUUUUUUGAGACAGGAUCUCACUCUGUCACUCAGGCUGGAAC